CAGCAAUCUCCAAAUAUCGAGAAUCGCAUGUUGGGCAUCAAAAGAAUCAUGACGAUCGUACCGGUAUCAGAGAUACCUACAGUAUCCCUCCUCUUUCACCUCAAGAAGCUUGUUCCUGCGACUCCCGAACCAGAUGCGGAAGUUCCGAAGCCUUCUCAAUCAUUCAACGAUCGCAUUGGUCUCAUCCGCGGAGAUAUUACGAAACUUGAAGUUGACGCUAUCGUCAAUGCCGCCAACGAGUUGUUAUUGGGUGGCGGAGGCGUGGAUGGAGCUAUACACAGAGCCGCGGGGCCUGGUUUGCUGAAGGAAUGUCGAACGCUGGAUGGUUGUGAUACUGGAUCUGCCAAGAUUACUGGUGCAUACGAUCUACCUUGCAAGAAGGUCAUCCAUGCGGUUGGGCCUGUCUACAGCUCGCGUUACAAGAAAGCCUCUGCAGAGGAUCUGGCAGGUUGCUAUACUACAAGUUUGCAGCUGGCAGCCGCCAAUGCGUGCAAGAGCAUUGCAUUCAGUGCUUUGAGCACAGGUAUCUACGGGUAUCCGAGCCAUGAUGCCGCGCAUGUUGCCAUCAAAGCAGUGAAGGAUUUCUUGGAAGGCGAGGAUGGCGACAAGUUAGAGAAGGUUGUGUUCUGCACAUUUGUUCCCAAGGACGUUGAUGCCUACAAUUAUUGGCUGCCGCGUUUCUUUCCUUCCACCGAGCCAGAGGCAGAGAGCGAUUGGGAGGAGGUCGAAGGAGGAGAGUCUGCUGAGAAUGGGCCAGCUCCAGUUGAGGAAGGGGAGGCGAUGGAGGUUGAGAAGCCAGCAGAGGAGACGACCGAUGUUACUCUUCCUGACGUGCCAACUGCGGAGCCAACAGAUGGAGGACCGUCUCCAAAGAAACAAAAGCCAAAUGACGAGGAGAAGUUGUAGUAGGAUGGAUACCAAUUUGAUCAGCGAUGGAGUUUAGGGGUUCUGGAUCAGUGGCUGCGCCAAUGCGGAGGAUAUCCAGUCGUGAACUUUGCAUAGACUUUUUUUUUUUUUUGGC